AUGAUUAGAAAUCCUGAUCUGCACUCCUUCGUGUGUUGUGCUGUAUGUUCAAAAAUAGUACCACCACCACCUUCCAAUGCUACUUUUGAUCGGAUUCGGGAGUAUAAGCCGUUCGUAACACGGUAUUACACUCAUCGUGAUAUACUGGAGAUUGGAGCACACAUUGAACAAGAAAAACAUGAAAAGAAGGAGGCAGAGGUACAAGAGUGCAUUGAAAAAAUGAAAGCUGAAAUUUGGUCCCAGGCUGAAACACUCAAGGAAGAUGCAGUGGAGAAAGCCCUCAAUGAGGCAGCCACUAAACACAGUGCAUUUGUACACGACCUUCAAAAAAACUUUGAAAAGAAAUUAAGGGAAGAAGUGAGGAAGGUAAAGGCAGAGAUGCAGUGGUACAUGGAAGAACAGCAGAAGAGAGAGGCAGAAGCUGCAGAGCAAUGCAUGGCUCACAGACUUCAGAGGAUCCUGAUGGACUGUGCCCAGGACAAGAUGCAAGCUGUGGCCAAAGCCAGAAAACAGGAGAGGGAGGCAGCCUUUCAGGAAGCAGCCACUCUGCACAGGAAGUCCUUAGAACAACUCAAAGAAGAAAUUAGGUUAGCUGAGGAACAAUAUCAUAAGAGUAUAGAACAAUUAAAAAAAGAAAAAGAUCGUGAGAUUCAUGUUGUCCAGAGUAUCAUACAAAAAGAGAGUGAGGCUGAGACUGAAAAACAGCCUGAAAAAGCAGAGACUUUACAGGCCGGUGAGCUGGAAAAAGUUAUGGCUAUGCUGAAAGCAGCAGAAGAACAAAUAAAGACUCUCACACAAGAACUGGAGAAGGUGACAGAAUGGAAGGACAUCCUGGAAAAUGAAAUAGAAGCAACAAGACAAACCUUUCAAAAGUAUAUUGAUGCCACAUUUCCUAGCCUGUCCCCUGGACAAGCAGAUUUUAUUUUGCCAUUCAGGGAAGCAUUUCAGCAGGACACACCAGAAGCACCAGAGGACAAUGACAGUAUAGGAGAACUAGUAUCAGAAGUGUGA